AUGGAGGCUGCGGGAGGCGCGGCCCCGGCCCCGGCCCCGGUCCGGGCUCUGCCGGCCCAGCCCCAGCCCCAGCCCCAGCCCCAGCCCCAGCCCCAGCCCCAGCCCCAGCCCCAGCCCCAGCCCCAGCCCAAGGGCCGGGACCUCUUCAGGAGCCAGCGCAAGGAGUCCGAGGGCUCCGUGGAUUGUCCCAACCUGGAGUUUGAAUACGGGGAUGCUGACGGCCACGGCGCUGAGUUAGGAGAGCUGUACAGCUACACCGAGGAGCCCGAGCUCGGCAGCAACAGGAGAUGCUUCGAGGAGGAUUUCCAUGCUCAAGCGCAGGGCAGGAGGUGGCUGGAGCUGGAUGGGGCUCAGCAGAGGGCCUGUGUCAUGCGCCUGCUGGAUGGGCUGGAGGUGGUCAACAGGGACAAGAGGCUCAAGGUGGCACGAGCCAUCCUGUACCUGGCACAGGGGGUCUUUGGAGACUGCGAUAAUGAAGGUGAUGUCCUGCACUGGUCUCGGCACAACUGCUUCCUCCUGUACCAGCUGGGAACCUUCACUGCCUUCCUGGAGCUCCUCAACAUGGAGAUUGACAACAGCCAGGCCUGCAGCAGCGCGCUGCGGAAGCCGGCCAUCUCGCUGGCCGACAGCAUGGAGCUCAGGGUGCUGCUCAGCGUCAUGUACCUGAUGGUGGAGAACAUCCGAGUGGAGCAGGAGACGGAUCCCCCCGAGUGGAAAACCUGCCGGGAGACCUUCAGGAUGGAGCUGAGUUUCCCUGUGCACACUGAGGAGCCGUUUGCUCUGCUGCUCUUCACGAUGGUGACCAAGUUCUGCAGUGGCCACGCUCCGCACUUCCCCAUGAGGAAGGUUCUGCUCCUGCUCUGGAAGGUGCUUCUGUUCACGCUGGGUGGAUUUGAAGCCCUGCAGGAGCUGAAGGUGCGGAAGCGCGAGGAGCUGGGGCUGCCGCCGCUGCCGGAGGACAGCAUCCAGGUGAUGCGCAGCAUGCGCGCGGCUUCGCCUCCGACCUGCUCCAUCGAGCUGGUGGAGCAGCAGCAGCAGAAGCGGGGAGGACACCGCAGCCGCAGGCCCCUGGUGAAGCAGGACAGCCUGGACAUCUACAACGAGAGAGACCCCUUCAAGCACGAUGAAGCAGGAGUGGAUGAAGAGGAGAAUGAUGAUGUGGACAGCGGGCUCGAGGGGGAGCUGGACCUGAUGGAGCGGGAUGCGGUUAUCACCGCCAUGCCGGCUCAGCGCCUGCCUAUUGAAAGGGUGUCAUUCCCCAAAGGGCUCCCCUGGGCCCCCAAAGUCAGACAGAAAGACAUUGAGCAUUUCCUGGAAUCAAGCAGGAACAAAUUCAUCGGAUUCACGCUGGGACAAGACACUGAGACCCUCAUAGGGCUCCCACGGCCCAUCCAUGAGAGUGUGAAGACCCUGAAGCAGCACAAAUACGUUUCCAUCUCAGACAUCCAGAUCAAGAAUGAAGAGGAGCUGGAGAAGUGCCCCAUGUCUCUGGGGGAAGAGGAAGUCCAGGAAACCCCCUGUGAGGUCUUGUAUCGAGCGAUGUUGUACAACCUCCCCCAGUAUAUGAUAGCGUUGCUGAAGAUCCUCCUGGCUGCAGCUCCCACCUCCAAAGCCAAGACUGACUCCAUCAACAUCUUGGCAGAUGUGUUGCCUGAAGAGAUGCCCAUCACCGUUCUCCAGAGCAUGAAGCUGGGGAUUGACGUGAACAGACACAAAGAGAUCAUCGUGAAAAGCAUCUCGGCUUUGCUGCUGCUGCUCCUCAAGCACCUCAAGCUGAACCACAUCUACCAGUUUGAGUACGUGUCCCAACAUUUGGUGUUUGCCAACUGCAUCCCGCUGAUCCUGAAGUUCUUCAACCAAAACAUCCUGUCUUAUAUCACUGCCAAAAACAGCAUCUCUGUCCUGGAUUAUCCUCAUUGUACAGUCUAUGACCUGCCCGAGCUCACUGCAGAAAGCCUGGAAGCUGGAGACAACAACCAGUUCUGCUGGAGAAACUUAUUCUCCUGCAUUAACUUGCUGAGGAUUCUCAACAAGCUGACCAAGUGGAAGCACUCAAGGACGAUGAUGCUGGUAGUCUUUAAGUCAGCCCCGAUACUGAAGCGAGCUCUGAAGGUGAAGCAGGCCAUGAUGCAGCUCUAUGUCCUCAAGCUGUUGAAAAUCCAGACCAAAUACCUGGGCCGCCAGUGGAGGAAGAGCAACAUGAAAACCAUGUCAGCCAUCUACCAGAAGGUGCGGCACCGCAUGAACGACGACUGGGCUUACGGCAACGAUAUUGAUGCAAGACCAUGGGAUUUCCAGGCGGAAGAAUGCACCCUGAGAGCCAACAUUGAAGCCUUCAACAGCCGCAGGUACGACAAGCCUCAGGACUCGGAGUUUGCACCGGUGGACAACUGCCUGCAGAGCGUGCUGGGACAGAGGCUGGAGCUCCCCAAGGACUUCCACUACUCCUAUGAACUGUGGCUGGAGAGGGAGGUGUUUUCCCAGCCCAUUCGCUGGGAGGAGCUGCUGCACUACCAGUGAGAGCAACACCUCCAUCUGCCCCAGACCCACCUUGGUAAGGACUCGGGGUGCUACAGCCUGCGGAAGGGAAGAGCGUUUCGGACCUGGGUGUUCUUGAUGGUAAAACAGAAGAGUCUUUCCAAAGAGACCAAGCCUCUUUGUGUCUA